GGGACGGGUCGGGCAGGGAGGGAGGGAAGGAAGGAAGGAAGGGAAGAAGGUAAGGAGGUAAGGAGCAGCGGCGCUGCGGCUGCCCCUGGGACCGCACCGCCGCCAUGGAGACGCUGUACCGCCUGCCCUUCGCCGUGCUCGAGUGCCCCAACAUCAAGCUGAAGCGGCCGAGCUGGGUGCACAUGCCUUCGGCCAUGACCGUGUACGCGCUGGUGGUCGUGUCCUACUUCCUCAUCACCGGAGGUGAGGCCGCGACCGGCGGGGCGGGCGGGAGGCCUCGCUCACGGAGCAGCUCUUCGUCGGCCCCUGCCCCGGGCGGCGGAGCCGCCGCUGAUCCUUGUCCAGGAAUUAUCUAUGACGUGAUUGUGGAGCCUCCCAGUGUGGGGUCGAUGACAGACGAGCACGGACAUCAGAGGCCGGUGGCCUUUCUGGCAUACAGAGUAAAUGGACAGUAUAUUAUGGAAGGCCUCGCAUCCAGCUUCCUCUUCACAAUGGGUGGACUAGGAUUCAUAAUUCUGGAUCGAUCCAAUGCACCAAAUAUCCCCAAGUUGAAUAGAUUUCUUUUGCUCUUUAUUGGAUUUGUCAGUGUGCUUUUGAGCUUCUUCAUGGCCAGAGUUUUCAUGAGGAUGAAAUUGCCGGGCUACUUGAUGGGUUAGUACCUCUUGUGGUGUAUGAAAGCUCAAGCUGAAUUUGCUUCACUUCAUGAAACGUUUAAGAAGAAACAGGAAGAAACAAGUUCCAUAGUCACCAUCAACAACAGCAAAGAGACCUGGCUGUGAGAAACAACUAGGGAAAGAGUGCUUCCUCUGCAAACAAACUCUCACUACCAAUGGCUGAUUUGUAGUACUCCAGCAAUGUUUUAUCAUUUCUGAUGUAGAGCUUUUGAAAAAGAGAAGUCACCUAGCUGAGUAUUUCUUUUAUAUCCCAACUCAGUAUGAAGCUACCUUUAGCUCUACCUAAAAUGAGUAUUUGCCAUUGACUUGACAGUUCUUUGUUGCAGGUCUGUCUCCUCUUCCCUGUGUGGGACACUUACAUGUGUGAAUCAGAGAAGAAACACCUGAAACAAUAUUUCCAAGUUAUAAUCAGAAAAUUAGUAACUUUGGAUGUUUUACAGCUGAAAUACCAUGUGUCUGAAAUUAUUUCAAAGGCACCUUUUGCCUUGAUAUUACUGGCUCUGUGUGAGCAAAUCCAGACAUGCACUGGGAAAGGCAAACGGUAUGAAUGUGCAUUUUUUUUUUUUUAAGAAAAAGUGUACAAAAGGAGCCAAAUAAAACUUAUUUUCUACAAAAUUA